CCUCUAUAAAAGCGCGGGAACGAGAACAAGACGUAUGAGUCAGUGCCCAGCGCCACCAUGAAAUUCUACCUGAGCAUCCUCGGACUGGGGGCCUUGGCCUCCCUCGCUCUCAGCGACAAGCUGCCGGUUUCCUACAGCGGCCCCGCCGGAGGAGGAGCUGUGUCUCUGGUGCCCGGAGGACCCGUUGACCUCUCGGGCGGCGGAAGCAUCAUCGCGGCUGGCGGCGGCGCCGUCGGCAUUCUGGACGGCCCAGGCUUCGGAGGAGCUGGCGCUGGAGCCGGAAGCUUCGGAGGUGCUGGCGCUGGAGCUGGAGGCUUCGGAGGUGCUGGCCACGGAGCUGGAGGCUUCGGAGGCGCUGGCCAAGGAGCUGGAGGUUUCGGAGGUGCUGGCCACGGAGCUGGAGGUUUCGGAGGCGCUGGCCAAGGAGCUGGAGGUUUCGGAGGUGCUGGCCACGGAGCUGGAGGCUUCGGAGGCGCUGGCCAAGGAGCUGGAGGUUUCGGAGGUGCUGCUGCAGGUCAUGGAGGCUUCGGAGGCCCUGGAGAUAACGGUUUUGGAGGACCUGGCGCAGGAGGAGACUCCGGCAGCAUCGGCGCCACGUCCGGAGGCGGCCCCCAGGGCAGCGUGAUCCACGGCCUCCGCCCCCACGAGGUGGUGCACUCCGUGUCGCACGCCAACCUGGUCCAGACGUCCUUCGACCUGGGCAGCGACGACCACUCCCCCGGCGUGCCCGGAGGCCCCGUCAUCCUCGGCGGAGGCUCCGGCGCAGGGCUCCUGGUGUCCGACGGCGUCCCCGUGGCGCUCGGAACUGGCCACCGAAGGACUCCUUACGGAAACAAGUGAACGGAUAACUACGAAUAGCAGGAUGAUGCUCAUCAGAAGUUCAAAAGUAAAAACCUUCCAUCGUUCCACCUCUCGUAUAAAGGCACUAUCAUGGGCCCUUUAUUUAUUUAGCUAUUUAUUAUUUUAUCGAUAUGCCGCCUAAAUUAAGUAUAUAUA